AAUUUUUUUAUUUUAAAUUGCUCCUAAAUACCAGUCUUUUUGUAUGCAAAUUAGGUAUUGGCAGUAAUAGGCGAUAGGCAGCAAUCAUGUAAUUUUCCUGUCAACUAGGUAUCAUAUUCAUGAGAGGUUUGUAGAAGCCAUUUUAGUUCACUCUUUAAAUGCGAUCAUGAACUUAACUGCAUUCAAUAUUCUUACCAUACUCUCAACAACGGAAAUCAACCUCAUUAGAGAUGUCUUUAAACAUAAGAAUUUGCAUUUUGGGACGAUAUUUCAUUGUGCAAAUGCAAAACCAGAACAUGUCAUUUAUCUGCAAAAACAUUUAUCGGCAAUAGACCUACGUUUUUCAAGUGUCAUGAUGAAUGCUUCACAUUUGAAACCAAGUGAUGGAAGAGUUGGAAUAGUUCUAAAAACAUCAUGUGACAACUGGACACAAUUCUUCGAGCUAUUUGAUCAUAGCUUAUUCAAAAAAUCUCUAUACUCCUGGCUUAUUUUUACGAACGACGUAUCUUCUACCGCUGAAACCUUGUCUAAGUAUCCAAUAGAAGUAGAUUCUGAUGUUAUCUUGUUAUCUAAACAUGAGAAAUCCUAUGAUAUUUUCGAAGUUUAUAACACUGGGUACUUCACCAACGGGCGAUUCCAUGUCGAGACAGUUGGAUACUGGAAUAAGUAUUUGCGGAUAAAGGAGGGUAGAAGAAGAGACCUGGAUGGCAUAGUGUUGAGGAGUGCAGUGGUUGUGACACAUGACAUUGGUCACCAGACGUUUGAGGAGUACCUCAGUCGCUUGGAGCCUGAGGUGGACUCGUUGCAUAAGCUUAAAUAUUUCACGCUUUUGAAUUACUUGAGAGAAAUGUACAACUUCAGCGUGGUACUGCAGCGCACGAACUCGUGGGGCUACUUGCGGAACGGCAGCUUCGACGGCAUGGUGGGCGCGCUACAGCGCGGCGAGGCCGACGUCGGCGGCACGCCCGUCUUCAUCCGCGCCGACCGUGCCCGGCUCAUACACUACGUCACUGCCACUUGGCCUUCUAAACCAUGCUUCAUCUUCCGUCACCCGAAACACCCUGGCGGUUUCCUGACCAUCUACACCCGUCCGCUCUCGGACAAAGUUUGGCUCUGCAUCGUAGCUCUUCUGGUGUUUUCUGGCUCGCUCCUAUGCGCGCUGAUCAAGCUGAGAGUGACAAGGAUGGCAAGGAAUUAUGGCGACUUAUCGGCCAGUCUGGCGCUGCUGUCAAUUUGGAGUGCAAUGUGUCAACAGGGAAUGACCGUAAACGACGCGACGUCCGUCCGCCUGGUCCUCUUCUCUUCUUUUCUGUUCUCUCUGUUCGUGUACCAGUACUACAACGCGCUGGUGGUGUCGACGCUGCUGCGAGCGCCGCCGGUCACCAUCCGCUCGCUGGACGAUCUGCUGAGGAGCAGGCUAAAGGCGGGCGUCGAGGAUGUGCUGUACAAUAAGGAUUACUUCAGGCGCACCACCGACCCUAUAUCUUUGGAGCUGUAUUCCCGCAAGAUCGCCUCAUCCCCCCGCCCUAACUUCCUCCCCCCUGACCAAGGCAUGGCGUUGGUCAAGAAAGGAGGCUACGCGUACCAUGCUGACACCGCGUUCUCUUACCCAAUUAUCAGGCGCACGUUCACUGAGCGAGAGAUUUGCGAGCUGCAGGAGGUCGAGCUGUUCCCGCCGCAGACCAUGUUUGCCGUCAUGAAGAAGGGAUCGCCUUAUAUCAAGCAUUUGAGUUAUGGGAUCCGCAAAAUGGCCGAAUCUGGUCUAAUGCAACGUCUCAAAACCAUCUGGGACUCGCCCAAGCCGCUGUGUGUGAGGACGCCGGACUCCAGCAUAUUCAGCGUGACGCUACGCGAGUUUAGUACACCGUUGUUGCUGUUGUGCCUCGGCGUACUCGCGGCGACAUUGGUGUUAAUGGCAGAGCUCGUGUGCUAUAGUUUACACACUAAGCAAGACUGGCUCACUUAUGUACAGCCUGGUAAAAAAAAGUAGAAUUGGAACUUUUUUUUGUAGCAAAAUUAACUCUAUCAUACCAAAUCUCGGAAACUGGCGAUCAAAUAUAUGAAAGAGGCGCGUUCCUGGCACACAUUCUAAGCUCGUGUAGGUGAACGCGUACCAUGCUUGUAUGAGGGAGAUAUGACAGGUGGCUGUUCGCGUUUUUGACAUGCGGUAACUGUGAGGUAACCGAGAGGGGGUGGGCGGCGCUUUCAGCGGGGAGCGGGAGUGGCCAUACUGUACGAUAGUACUCUUUAUUAUACUGUGGCAACUCUCUAUUCUCAAAUUCUCAUACAAGUGACUCAAUAGUUGCCACAUGCAAAACGGUUUAGGUACAUAGACGGUGGCACCCCUAUUAUUUAUAUGCCUACUCUUUUUUUGCCAGGCCUUAGACUAUAAGGCAGUUAGAGCACCAUUUACCAGCAGGUAAGUAUCAAUAGUACAAUGUGGUAUCAAAACAAUAGUUACUAGUGUCCGCUCUAAAUGUGUGAAUCUUUAUAGUUCUGGAAUUUUAGCUCGCGCUUAUAAGUAUACAUAUCUACAAAGGCUUUGACCAUGCCUCGACUUACCUAAAGAAUUUGACACUAUUCUUAGAACUGAUAGAGAAAGCAUAUAAUAUGCCAGCGCCAUCCACAUGUAAGGUAGUGUAGAUAUUUACCAUCAAUCCCAUCACGGAACAAUGGUGUUCCGGACCUUUGGGAGGCGUGCGCGAGGCCGAAGCCAACGCGUAGAUGCCCUUUUGACACUUUAAUGAAAUGUAAGGGUUACACCGAGCGGAUGUUGCCCUU